AUGGAACUGAGGGUGAGGCGGUUGAGGGAGGCGAGGGAGAGGAUACGGUUGAUUGGGAAGAGGGAGUGGGUUGGAGACGGUGAUGGUGGUGGUGGGAUUGCUCGUGGAGGAGAGCGUACGGAUAUGGGAAAGGGUGCUGAGGCCGUGAAGGAAGGGCUGGGGUAUGACAAUGGUAAUGGUGAGGGUGAGGGUGAGGGUGAGGGUGAGGACGAGGACGAGGACGACGAUAAUACUGAUGAGUUUGACGGAUGGGGUGUGCAAUGA